GUACACUCACAGUUCCUUUGACCUCAUUUUGAGGGGUUUUACUAGGUAUUUUGCCAUUGUUGCUUCAUUAUUUGUACUUUCACAUGUUCGAGUCUUCACACCGCUAUGGUAGGGCUCCUUCUACGGACGCUUGCUCAGGGGAGAUGCUUGUGCUCCAGCGUGAAAGCAGACAACUCUACACUGGUGAAUCCCACCUUCCUCCGCGACAAGAAAGCUGUUUGCUUGACGGGAAACAGAGCAGCUUAUUACUUUCUCCCUGGCUCCGGAGAUGCCCUCAACAACUGGCUUGUUUUUCUUCCGUCAGGUGGCUGGUGCGAGAACUUCACCUCAUGCGUGGAAUACAAUUUGUCCCACGGCACCGGUACACCAUCCCAUCCAUCUCCAGCAGACAUUUUUUCGGGUAUCUUAAGCAGCCAGAAACUGGAAAACCCAGAUUUUUACAACUGGAACAGAAUCUACGUAAGAUACUGUGAUGGAUCCUCUUUUACCGGGAAUUCCAAAAAAUUUCAAAAUGAUACGAUGCUCUAUUUUCGUGGGGCAAGGAUUUUCAAAGCAGUUACGAAAGAGCUGUUGGAAAAGGGAAUGGGAUCUGCUACUAAUGCUCUUCUAGCCGGGGAGUCAGCGGGUGGCGUUGCUACAAUGCUUCACUACGACAAAUUUCGAGCUCUCUUUCCAAACUCUACUCGAGUGAAGUGCCUCUGUGAUGCAGGAUAUUUCUUUUUCCUGCGAAGAGGCACAACUAUGGGAACCAUAGCCACUUUUUAUCCAUCUUUCAAGGAUUAAUCCAUAUGCAUCGGUCUAGCAAGGCAUUGCCGAGAUCAUGUACCCAAGAAUUAAGUCCAGCAUUGGUACAAGUUUAUUA